CAGCGUACAAGGAAGUACUAAAGUAACGGAGGAAUAAACAGAUUGUGAGAUGAAAUAGUUGAAGUCUUCUCGGCUGAAAAUGGGUCACUUUACAGUGAAAUCCCUGCUUCUCCUCUCAUUUAAUAUCCGUCUAACAUCAGCAGCCUCUCACUCUCUGCAGUACAUCUACACUGCAGUUACUCCAGGAAUAAACUUCCCAGAGUUCUCUGUGGUGGGUCUGGUGGAUGGAGACCAGAUUGUUUACUUUGACAGUAACAUCAGGAAGAUCAUCCCAAAGACAGACUGGAUGGAGAAGAAUGUGGGUGAAGAUUACUGGAACAGAGAGACACAGACUCUGCAGGGAACUCAGGAGAUCUUCAAAGUCGAUGUGGAUAUUCUAAUGCAGCGCUUCAAUCAGACUGGAGGAGUUCACACAGUGCAGUGGAUGUACGGCUGUGAGCUGCAUGAUGAUGGAACCAGUAUAGGAUACAUGCAGCACGGUUAUGAUGGAGAAGACUACAUCAGUCUGGACCUGAAGACUCUCACCUGGACUGCAGCCAACGCUAAAGCUGUUACUACCAAACAGAACCUGGAGAGGACAUCUGAAGCCACGUUCCAAACGGCCUAUCUGGACAACAUCUGUAUCGAGUGGUUAGAGACGUAUGUGGAAUAUGGCAGAUCCACUCUGGAGAGGAAAGUCUCUCCUGAGGUGUCUCUGUUCCAGAAGGACUCUUCUUCUCCAGUGGUGUGUCAUGCUACAGGUUUCUUCCCCAAAGCAGUGAUGAUCUCCUGGCAGAAGAAUGGAGAGGAUCUGCAUGAGGACGUGGAGCUCAGAGAGACGCUACCCAACCAGGAUGGAACCUUCCAGAAGAGGAGCGUUCUGACUGUCUCACCUGAGGAGCUGAACAGGAACGAGUACACCUGUGUUGUUCAUCAUGGUGGAUUAGAGAAGGGGAUGGUGCUGCAGGUGUCUGAUCGCAGAGUCCUGUUGGAUGGAGGGUCAGUUGGAGGGUCAGUUGGUAUCAUCAUUGGUGUAGUCGUUGCUGUUCUCCUGCUUGUCCUCAGUGUCUGUGUUGGAGUUUUCAUGUGGAGGAAGUCUGGUUUCAAACCUGCUCCGAGCAGCUCCAGUUCAGAUGCUGGUUCUGAACAAGGCUCCUCAUCAACCAGGUCCAUGACCGGAUCCGAUGAAAGCCUUAUUUCCUCCUGAAUAUCUGUUCCGGCUGAUUUUGUUUCUCAAAAAUAUCUACAGGGGAUUCAAUGGAGGUUUCAUAGUCUAGAAGUGAUUCAGUAAAAAAAAAAGACUCUAUAAAAUACAAUGCAGUCAUGCUGUCAGAUGAGACUGAGUCAAAAUACAGUCAAAUGUCUGUGCUGAGAUCAGUCUGUCAUGAGUGGAGGUCAGUCAGUGAGUGUGUCAGAGAUUUCAGUGCUCACAGGUUGAUACAGAUUGGAGGAACUUUAGAACGUUCUCCAAAAUUUACACCAACAAUCAGCUACUAUCUGCUUAGUGGUACCGUUCUAAUACGGCUAAUCUGUCUCCACAUGCCAGUAAAAUGUUCAAAAAUAAUUGAGAAACUUUGUUAAAAUACUUGAAAAAGUCAGGAAACAGGAAAGAAAGUAAGAUGAGCUGUGGCUUAUAUUAAGCUUUAUUGGGCUCAAGCAGUAAAAUAAAAAAAAAUAAUAAUAAUAAUAUAAAAUCAGAUCAAUAAGUUAAUAAAUAAAAUACCUAAUUAAUAUGUGAGGUUAUAAACAUGUGGAGAAAUAAAUCCUAAACAGAUUCUAUUUUAUGUGCAAUAUUUUGACACUGGGUGUAGCUACAUAUACAGUAUAUGGGUAUAUACUGUGGGUGUUUUGCUGUUUCUUUGUAAAUAUUUUACUAUUAUUUUAAAUGUUAAGUAUUUUAUCUUUCUGAGACAGAAUGUGGAAUCUCUAAAAAAAGGGUUUCAUACUUUGAAUUUACUGCAUAUGUUGUUGUUUCUCAAGAGAAGUGUUUGAAAACAAAUAAAAUAAACUGACAGAGAAAAGA